AUGAUCAGCCAUCGUCAUCCAAGGUCGUCCUCGGCGCAUUCCUCAUCCUCGCCAACCACUAAUAAUAAUAAGUCAAAGCCGUCAAUAUGCCGCACCAGGCUCAACAGCAAUACCUCAUCAUCAUCCUCCUCAAGAUCAGCCUCGGCCUCAACAUCAUCAUUGCUGCCGUCUACGAUAUUACCAACCUCUGCCAUCAAUAUCAGCAACAGAUCAUCCACCAAAGCGACGAAUAUGACAUUCUCCUACUCCAAACACUAUUGGCUGUUGGCCAUGUUGACGGUCAUGGUUCUCAGCAACAGGCAAUUGGUGAGCAACUCGGCGACGAAUGAAUUCUUUUCUUCAACAACCAAUGAUCAAUUAUCAUUAGUAUCCGAAGCCGAAUCCAUAGCAGCCUCCGCUUCCAAAGAAUUCAAUACCUAUCACAACAGUGCGGCCAUUUGCGUCAUUCAAAAGGGUGCUUUGCGAUACAUCGAUGAAUGGGUCUAUUACAAUCUACUCGGAAUAGGCUUUGAUCACAUUUACUUUUAUGACAAUUCGGAUGAUUUUGAGUUGCAAGAAUGGCACAAGAAUAUAAAAAAUUUGACGUCAGCUAGUACUACUACAAGUACAACAACUGCUACAACCACAACAACAACCACCACCACCACCACCAUGGAUCCAAUCAUAAUACAGCAGCAGCGGCAAGAACAACAACAACAACAACAACAACAACAAACGGUCCACGAACGAAUUUCCAUUCAACACUUUCCUGGUCCCAAUCGACAAAAUGAAGCCUACACGAACUGUGUCAAACACAUUCAAAACACAAAGGCCCAUUCUUGGAUUGCCUUUAUCGAUGUGGACGAAUUUUUGGUCAUUCGGAAUCAAACCUAUUCGAAUAAUAUUAUGAAUUUAUUGAAUACGUUACCAAAAGAACGAUAUGCAGGCUUGGCCGUCAAUUGGAUCAUCAUCGGCAUGAAUCAACAGCAGCAGUACCAACCCUUGCCCGUCACGAAACGAUUUUCGAAACGAGCGGCCAAUGCGACGGACACCCACAUCAAGACGAUUGCUCGAACGGAUCGGAUCGACUUUGUGGACCAUCCACAUUUUGUGCACUAUGAAAAAAAGGGACAAUACUUGAAUCGGCACUACAACUACAACUACCACCACCAACAACAACAACAACAACAACAACAUAGUACUACUGCUCGUUACUGGAAACGAUUCGGCAUGCUGAUUUGGGAACUUGUAUUUGGGCCAAUGAUUGAAAGUCGAGAUUUAUCCAACAAUCGAGUUCGUGGACCAUGGAACAAGCACAAGACGGUGGAGGAGAUUGCACUCUAUCAUUAUCAUACGAAAUCGUUGGAAGAAUACAAGGAACGAUGUUCGCGAGGACGGGCCGAUGUUCCGCUGAAAGCAUGGAAUGAACAAUUGUCCUGUCAACCCGAAGAGGUCAUCAAGGCGGAAUACUGGAAUUGGCAGGAAACCAUUGUGGAUGAUUUACCAUGGCAAUUGUUGAAAGAACGAGUGCCAAGUUAUGCCAAUCAGUUUGUGGAUGUUGUUGAUGGUGAUGGUGGUAAUGAUGGUGGUGACAUGUCGUGA